GAUUAGUUUUAUGGACCAAUCACACAUCUCUAGGACAAAAAGUGAGAGGACCAUGUAUUAAGCGACACUCUUUCGUUAGAGAUCAGAUCGGUCCAAAUUUUAUAUAAUCACAUCAUCUUCUUCCGCCAUUAUCAUCUUCCAAUUUGAAAACUUCUUCCACCACAUUCAAUGGCGGCCAAGAAGCCAGGAGUGAUCGCUUUGUUCGACGUCGACGGUACUCUCACAGCUCCAAGGAAGGAAGCUACUCCAGAACUGCUCCAUUUCAUCAAAGAAUUGCGCAAGGUUGUCACUGUUGGAGUCGUCGGUGGAUCUGAUCUAACCAAGAUAUCUGAGCAGCUUGGCAAAACAGUUACUACGGACUAUGAUUAUUGUUUCUCUGAGAAUGGUCUUGUUGCUCACAAAGAUGGGAAACCCAUUGGAAUCCAGAGCCUGAAGCUGCACCUUGGAGAAGAUAAACUCAAGGAGUUGAUAAAAUUCACGCUGCACUACAUUGCAGACUUGGAUAUUCCAAUCAAAAGGGGAACAUUUAUAGAGUUCCGAAAUGGAAUGCUCAAUGUGUCACCUAUUGGUCGCAACUGCAGCCAAGAAGAAAGAGACGAAUUCGAGAGAUAUGAUAAGGUACAAAACAUUCGACCAAAGAUGGUGGCUGAACUUCGUGAGCGGUUUGCGCAUCUUAACCUUACUUUCUCCAUUGGAGGACAGAUUAGCUUCGAUGUCUUCCCUAAAGGUUGGGAUAAGACUUACUGCUUGCAAUACCUUGAAGACUUCAAUGAAAUCCAUUUCUUCGGUGACAAAACCUAUGAGGGUGGAAACGAUUAUGAAAUCUAUGAAUCACCAAAAACUAUAGGCCAUUCAGUUACGAGUCCAGAUGACACAAUGGCGAAAUGCAAGGCUCUAUUCAUGUCUUGAAACACCUAUCCAUCUCAAGAACACUGUGUCAGAGUUUUAUUAUUCUUGGGGAUUUUUAUGCAACUUUGUUUAUUUACAUUACAAAUGGAGAGAAGUAUGUUUGGCAUAUUGAUACUAUAAGUUUUGAAUUUUGAUUCAUAAAAAUAAAAUAUUUGGUUACAAUC